GUGCAUUUAAAAACUCUCUCUAUAUAUUCGAACCAAAACAAAUUGAAAGUUUGGAAAUUUUCAUUUUGGCGCUCAGACACUUGCCAUUUGCCAUGGAAGACGAUUCACUUCAAAACCAUUUAGGAUCUGCUCCUCCACAUGUAGAAGGAAUGGAUUCGGUAGUGGCGACAGUGAGCGGUUAUCAAGGUUCUGAGAGAUUCAAUCUAAUCAAACUGAUUGAUCGCACCGGAGCUAGUUAUGUCGGAAAUAUGAGCCAGUCUGUUACACAUCUGGUGUGCUGGAAAUUUGAAGGCAGGAAAUAUGAGCUUGCGAAGAAGCUCAGGAUACCGAUCGUUAAUCAUUGCUGGUUUGAGGAAUGCUUAAAGCAAGGAAGGCGUGUUUUGGCGGAGCCAUAUUCCUAUAGUUGCGGAGAAGAAAUGGGACCUUUGGCUGUGGAUAUCCUGUUGGGUAUCAACCAGGCAAAGGCUCAAUCAAAAGACUUGAAGAAUGGUAAAAGAUCUUUGGUUGCUGAACGUGAAGACAUAAAUGAUGGCAGUUGGAAGAAUUCAAUCCUUUUAGAUGAGGAUCUAUUUCCUAAGAAGAGGCAGAAAGAUCAUGGUUCCAGUAGAUCAAAAGGAAAAGCAAUCAAAAGUUAUUCAAGGAAGGAUUGUCCUAGUAGCAGUAGACGUGGCCAUGAAAAACUACCAACAACGAAGACAAUGAAGAUAUGGCGGCGCGCGUUUCCACCACCGCCAGAGCACCAUGUCGCUGCCAUAGCACCGCCAUAUCUGACAUUUGACAACAUUGCGUGUGUACUGCAUUUAGGAAUAGGGCAUUAUGCAAGAAACAUGGUGGUUAGAGUGCUUGAAGAAGCAAGCACAUCACGUCCUGCAUAUUCUUGCAGACAGGGAAAGAGGAACUCCACUUCUCCAGAAUCUUCGUCCAAGGGUCGUAGGCUGGUGAAAAAGUGUACAAGUUUGAAGGAUUGGUUAAUACAUUCAGAUGUGGAGGAAGAAUGUGAGGAUGUUCGAGUUUUACCUGAGAAUGAAAGCCGUAGAAUUUUGGUUGAUAGUUCAGAGGAUGAAGUUUUACCUGAGAAUAAAAGCCGUAGAGUUUUGGUUGAUAGUUCAGAGGAUGAAGUUUUACCUGUGAAUGAAAGCCGUAGAGUUUUGGUUGAUAGUUCAGAGGCCGAAGUUUUACCUGAGAAUGAAAGCCGUAGAGUUUUGGUUGAUAGUUCGGAGGAUGAAAGGCACCGAGUUACUAAUAGGCAUACAUCUGAUUUGAGGACUUUGAAUGGUUUAAAUAGCACUGAUGUGUAUGAUACUGUUCAAGAUAUUGAGCAUUUAGAUGGCGAUCAAAUUGAGGAUCUUGAAUCUGUAAAUCAGGAAAAUCCAAAUUCACAUGCUUGUGUUACACCAUCUUCCUUUGCAACUCCAGAAAAGCUUCAUGAAGCUGCUAACCAGGGUUCAACUGAAGAAGAAAGCUUACCUCCUGCGUCAAGUGAGUUGUCAUGUGUUAUAUGCUGGACGGAUUUCAGUUCUACUCGUGGAGUGCUGCCAUGUGGUCACCGAUUUUGUUUCUCGUGCAUUCAGAACUGGGCUGAUCAUAUGAAUUCCAGUAGAAAGACUUCUACAUGUCCUUUGUGCAAAGCUAGUUUCAUGUGCAUCACAAAAGUGGAAGAUGCUGCUUCCUCAGACCAGAAAAUAUAUUCCCAGAAUAUGCCGAAAGAUAGUUCAAAAACGAAUCUGUAUGUUCUUCCUGGCGAAACAUAUAAUCAUCCGUCCAGUGUAUCAGCAUCAACAGCAGUUUGUUACCUAUGCUUGGGUAGAGAACCAGAGGAGCUUCUUGCUAGUUGUCAUUUCUGCACGAAUCAAUGGGUUCAUUCAUUCUGCCUUGAUCCACCACUGUUUCCGUGGACAUGUGCGCAUUGCCAGGACCUCCAGUUUCUUUACCGUCGCAACCGCUAGCUCACCUACAUGCACUGCACUUUCGAUAACGAUGGAAAUGUAUUGUUUCCAUCCUAGACUCUUGAUAUUUCCCUCCAAAUUCAUCCGCUUUUAUACUAUAGACAUGGAUGAGUUCACCAGUUCUUGGCUUUGUCUGCCUUUAAUUUUUUCACAGAAACAAAGUAGGUAUGAUGCUUGAAGGUUCUAUUUUGAAA